GUUGCCUCUCUAGAAUAUUCAACAUUUAUUUCGAUUUUUUAACUCCUACUUCGCACAGCCUUAAAUCGCCGUGUCUAUUCAAAACCACAACCCUCAGAAACCACAAUGGCCCAAAAAUCGAUCCAAGAGCAUAUAAAGGAGGUAUUUGGCACUGAGGCGAAGGAGAGCUCCGAGCCAAAAAUGAGCUACAACCGCCUCGGAAAAUCUGGCCUCAAGGUUUCCAAAGUCAUUCUCGGUGCCAUGGGCUAUGGCGACCCCAAGUUCGAGACCUGGAUUAUGGACGAAGAAAAAUCUCUCCCAUUGCUGGAGCAUGCGUACAAGCGUGGCAUCAACACCUGGGACACCGCCGACUUCUAUUCCAUGGGAAGGUCUGAGGAGAUUAUCGGAAAGGCUAUUAAGAAGUAUAACAUUCCGCGCGAGAAUUUGGUGAUUCUUACGAAGUGCUAUUUUGGCCUUGAUGCGAAGGUUAUGGAAGCCGGGCAUAUUAAUGUCCCAAUGGCCAUGACCAAUGAUGGCUAUAUGGUUAAUCGAGUUGGGUUGAGUCGAAAGCAUAUUCUCGACGCAGUUGAUGCCAGUUUUGCUAGACUGGGCACCUACAUCGACGUUUACCAGAUCCAUCGUUUGGAUCGUGAUGUCCCUCCUGAGGAGAUCAUGAAGGCUCUCAACGAUGUCGUCGAGAGCGGCAAGGUCCGAUAUCUUGGGGCCAGUUCAAUGGCAGCCUGGGAGUUCCAAAUGCUGAACAACAUCGCUGAGAAUAAGGGCUGGCACAAGUUCAUUAGCAUGCAAAACUACUACAACCUCAUUUCUCGUGAAGAAGAGCGCGAAAUGCACCCCUACUGCGAGCACGCUGGAAUAGGCCUUAUCCCUUGGUCGCCUCUUGCUCGCGGUAUCCUCACCCGUCCUUGGAAGGCCGAAGCUGAUUCCAUUCGCGCGCAAUCUGAUCGAUUCGCGGCACUGUUAAGUAGCGAGGAUGACAAGGUCGUCGUCAACCGUUUGGAAGAGGUGGCGAAGAAAUUGGGUGUGAGCAUGGCUGUUGUGGCGAUUUCUUGGAGCUUGAGAAAGGGUGUUAAUCCGAUCUUGGGCUUGCAAAGUAUUGCUAGGAUUGAUGAGGCUGUGGAUAUGGUGAAUUUCAAACUGAGUGAUGAGGAUAUGAAGGCCUUAGAGGAAGUGUACAAGGCUAAGCCUCCUGCUCCCGUGUACUGA